AUGGCUGUUGCCCUGGGUUGUGCAAUCCAGGCCUCCUUGAAUCAGGGCUCAGUGUUUCAAGAAUAUGAUACUGACUCUGAAGUCUUCCGUCAGCGCUUUAGGCAGUUCCAGUACAAAGAAGCAGCCGGGCCUCAUGAAGCUUUCAACAAACUUUGGGAGCUUUGCUGUCAAUGGCUGAAGCCAAAGCUGCGUUCUAAGGAGCAAAUCCUGGAGCUUCUAGUGUUGGAGCAAUUUCUAACAAUUUUGCCCACAGAGAUAGAGACCUGGGUGAGGGAACAUUGCCCAGAUAAUAGAGAAAGAGUUGUAUCACUGAUAGAAGACUUACAGAGAGAACUUGAGAUACCAGAGCCACAGAUUGACAGGCAGGAAAUACUCUUGGAAGACCUCGCAGCAGUUGGAAUGGCAGACAUACCACCAAACAUCCACGUGGAAGUACCCCCACUCCAAGCACUGGGACCUGUCCCCGAGGCCCCGGUCGCAGAUGCGUGGAUCCCACAGGAGCUGAGCUACGGUGCUGCUGGGGAAGGCCAGUCCUUUCUGGACCCUGGAUACUCAAUACCAAAGCUUGAUGUGAGCUUUCCAUUGGAGCAUAGAGAAGAAGCAUGGGUGAAGGAGCUACAAGAUUCCAAAGAAAUUAAACAAUUACUUGAAUCCAAGAUAGGUUUUGAGAUCGGGAUAGAUAAUGAAGAAGAUACUUCAAAGCAGAAAAAACUGGAAAAUAUGUACCCAUUUCUUGUUACUUUAGAGGAGAAUGCUAAUCAUGGUCCCAUUUUGCAAAAAGAUUAUGUACAGUUAGAAAAUCAAUGGGAAAAACCCCCAGAGGAUUUACAGACAGAUUUGACAAAACUUGUAGAUCAUCAGAAUCCCUCUAUAGGAGAGAAGCCUGAGAGCUCUAGCUUGGAAGAACCUCUCAACCCUAGAACCCAUAAGAAAAAGAGUCCAGGAGACAAACCUCACAAAUGUUCUCAGUGUGGAAAAUGUUUUGCCCGGAAGUCACAACUUACAGGGCACCAGAGAAUUCAUUCAGGAGAGGAACCUCAUAAAUGCCCUGAAUGUGGAAAGAGAUUCCUUCGUAGUUCAGACCUUUAUAGACACCAACGACUUCAUACAGGGGAGAGACCCUAUGAAUGUACUGUGUGUAAAAAGCGAUUCACUCGGCGCUCACACCUUAUAGGGCACCAGAGAACCCAUUCUGAAGAAGAGACUUAUAAAUGCCUUGAGUGUGGGAAAAGCUUUUGUCAUGGAUCAAGUCUUAAAAGACAUCUGAAAACUCAUUCGGGUGAAAAACCUCAUAGAUGUCACAAUUGUGGGAAAAGUUUUAGUAGACUGACAGCUCUUACUUUGCACCAGAGAACUCAUACAGAAGAGAGACCUUUUAAAUGUAAUUAUUGUGGGAAAAGCUUUAGACAGAGACCAAGCCUUGUUAUUCAUUUAAGAAUUCAUACAGGGGAGAAGCCAUACAAAUGUAGUCAUUGUUCUAAAAGUUUCAGACAGAGAGCAGGCCUUAUUAUGCACCAAGUCACUCACUUUAGAGGACUUCUUUAAUAAUUAUGAAAGGAAACAGGUCAUGCAAAAAUUGGCACUAACUCAAAAAAAUCUUAACUUGAAGCAGUCUGUUUGUCUUGGAAGAAUCUUUUUUGUUUGAGCUUAUAAGAACAGAUUUUCUUUCUUUUACUAUUAAAAAACCUAUCUUCCAUGGCAUGUGAAUUCUAGAGUAUCCACCUACUCUUGCAACUCUUACAACUUUACUAGAUUUGAUGUAUUCUAUCUUUACAACUCUUACUUUUUAAUGAAAAUGUUUGUGUCCCAAGCCAACCGUAUCAUAGAUGAAAGCAUAAAACAUAUAGGGUAGGGUCAAUAUAAUGGAUAACCAUGUCUAUCUGAUAUAUAGCAGCAUCAUAAUUAUUCUUCUGUCAUUAUUAAAGGUGGUUAUAUUAGUUUAAAGCUUUAUUUGUGUUCCAAGUGGCAAGAAAGGAGACAGUGUAUUUUGUUCAAAGAAUAAAAAUGUGUCAGGAACAUAUGGAUAAAGAGGAUUUCAUUUGCCUCAUAAGAACUGGGUUAUUUCCAUAGAAUUUUUUUAUGUUUAAGAAAUUAAGAUUUUAACCUUUUUGAAUUUUGCAAAAUUUGCUAAUCUGCUUAUUUGGCUGUUUGAGGUAAUGCACUUAGAGCUGUUAAUUUAAUGGUUUAUUUUGUUCAGAGAAUGAGUAAACUCUAGAUGGAAGAAUCCAUUCGACAGUUGAAGUCAUACAAUUAAAACCUGAUUCAAAUUAGAUUGACUGAGGAGCCAGUGUCCAUUGCUUUUUAAUAUAUAUAUAUUGAUUUCAGAGAGGAAGGGAGAGGGAGAGAGAGAUAGAAACAUCAAUGAUGAGAAAGACUCAUUGAUCGGCUGCCUCCUGCACACCCCACACUGGAGGAUUGAGCCUGCAACCCAGGCAUGUGCCCUGACCAGGAAUUGAACCAUGACCUCCUGAUUCAUAGGUCUACGCUCAGUCACUGAGCUUCCUAGCCAGGCAGUGUCCAUUGCGUUUUACUAUCCUUUGGUAUUCAAACAUUACUCAUUCUUUAAUUCAAUGUCUCCCUAAGUGUGUGUCAUAGAACACUUAGUUCUGUAAGAUAUUUUGCAAAUAAGGUUGGGAAUCCCUGCUGUUUCCCUUUUCUAGAUUCAUAGUGCACAUCAGCAUAUGAGAAUCUCUGACAGGUCCUUCAGUAAAGGCAGAAAAAGCAACUCUGUUGGCUCAAUGUUUUGACCAUAGAACCCUUUUUCAUGUACACCCAAGCAAUAACCCACAGAACUAGUAUUCUGCAAAUAUCUCUUGGAACACAUGCCUUUAACAUAUAUUUCUAUAGUUAUCAAUAUAGUCUUAUUACUCCCAAGCCUAGUUAUCUCCAGUCAUUUGAAGGGUGUUAUGAAAAAUUCUUUACACAUAUGUUUUUAUGUAAUACACACAUAAACAUACACACAUAUUUUAAGGAGGUGAGGCUCACUCAGAUACUUUGUAAGUUGCUCAGUGAUUCUCAACCUCUUUGAAUUUUACAUAUAAUCAUACACACAUUGCUACUUAUAUAAAUGUUCUCAUAUAAUCAUAGUAAUGACUCAAACUCCUAUAGCAAGGGAAGAAUUCUUUGUCAGUUAAAGCUGUUAAUACAUGAAAAUAUUCAGCCUAGUUCCUUGUUAUAAAAUACAAAAAAUAGGACAUUCAAGUAUUUUUCCCUUUAUGAAGAUACCAGUCAUCCUUUCCUUAAACUAGAAUUAGGGAAAGUAUAUUUUUUUCUAUUCCACUGAACGUCUUAGAAGUUAUAUUUAAGUAUUUUGGGGGUAUCUACUUUGUGCCUAACUAGUCCUGUUCUAGGCUUAAUGGAAACUAGGAAACAAAUUAAUUCAUGGAUCAGGUUCAUAAAGAGUAUAAUAUCUUUAAUUAAACAAGAGUUGGGAAACAAAUGGAGAACAAUGCAAGAGAGUUUGUAUUAAGUGCCAAAUCAUAUCAAGUGCUAAAGCUAGGAUGUGUCUUUAUUGUCACCCCAGUCCCUGUAUGACGCUGCUAUAAAUGUGGGAUUAAAAAUUGAGAUCCUAGUAGCAAUAAAAUGUAACAUGGGAGGAGUCUGAAUGUAGAGAUGAAAAACACUGAAUGUAAUGGCUUCUCUUUUCUCUCUUGUGGAAUUGCAUUCCAACCAGAAUAGUGCCUUAGAAUGAAUGUGCCCAACUGCUCUGUAUCUAUGCAAUAUUUUAAUAAA